AUGGCGGAACAGUUUUCGGCUUCGGCCGCUUUUACGAACAUGAACAACAACACGGACGGCUGGGGUGACGAUUGGGGCGACUGGAACGAAACGGCGCCCAGCACUACGAUGGAUUCAGCUGCACCAAAAGUGAUGGGUCCAAAUGGGCAACAACCUCCGACGAAUCCUAACUUCCAGCAACAACACCCUCAACAUCACCCACAGCCGAUGAAUCCAAUGGCUGGCGGAAGUCAGUAUCGGGACGGUAUGGCCAACCGGGUAGAUCAGCAAAAUCACAACUAUGUGCCGAAUCAUAGCGCCCCGCAGAGCGCACCUUGGUACCAGCAGUCGGGGUUCGUACCUAGCGGCCAACACCAGCAUUACCCCACCCAAGGAUACGCACCACAGACUUCCUACGGACAGCCGAAUAGCUUUUUCACGGCCCCGUCGAUGCAACCGGGCAGCACGCCUCAACGUCCUCCGUCGCAUCCGGCUGCUUCGACUACGCCUCAGCUGGUACCGACCUUCAGCCAGGCGAUAUCUGACAGUUUCGACACGUCGGGAAACAACAGUUGGAACUGGUCCGUGCCAGACACGUCGAAGCAACCACAAAGCAUGCCUACUGUGCCGGCGGAUGCGAUGUCGAAACCGAAACAACCUCAGCAACCUCCACCUCAGCAGCAACCAUAUGAAGACUUUCCACAACCGAUAAACGUGGGUGGGUCCGUGGCAAAUGCGCAGCUUCAGCGCCUGAAACAGGAGACGCUUUCACCGCAGUGGUCGAUUGAGAGCCAGGUUUCAUCCAGUGAUCGCUCGCUGGAGAGCGAUCCCAUUGGAGAUCAAAGAGGGACCUCUCAGCCGACCACGGCAAUGCCUUCGGAUGAAGACAUCUCUAAGGGCGCGGCGGAGAACGCGGUCAACAAUGUGGCAAGUGCUCACAUGCCGCAAUCAUCGUACGGGAAUGUUUCUUAUCAAAAAGCGCCCGUUGGUGUGCCGGAUAAACUCGACGAGGUGCUAGAAGCGUUGACUAUUAAGCAGGAACCGUUGGACGUGGGUGGGAGAAGCCAUGAGAACACCUACCGGGGUGAGCAAUCGUUCCCUCCACCGCCACCAUCCAUUGCCGGAACCGCUGCUGCCGCAGGACCGAUCGUGAAUGAAUCGUUAUCGCAGGUUACGAAGUCCUCAUCCACGACGCCUCCUUUACCGCCUCCUCCGGUGGAUAAUACGACGGUGGGACCGACAGUACCACCAGCAGGACCUCCGGUAGCAGCUGGAGCUUCCACUUCUGCACCACCACCGUUGGUCAGUGGUCCACCGCCGAAAGCGAUGCAAAUAUCCUCCUCCAAUCCUUUCAAACGUACCGCUGGUCGAUCGCACGCUGCCACUCCGGGAUUGGGCAAUCAACCAACGGCUACGCCAGCGCCUCCUGCAAACGCAGGAGGACCCUUUUUCAAUCAGUAUCAGCAACCUCCACUCCGGCAAUCUUGGGCGGCACAAGACGUCAACAGCGUUCAAUCGCUUACACCAGAAAAUCAGGAAAUUCUGGUCGAAACGGUGCCACGAGAGCAUGUACUGGAGAAUCAGGAAAUCGCACCCAACAACGAUCGUAAUCAAUAUCUCCAAACGGGCCACCUCUCGGAGGACGGGUACGGCGUGGAAGCUUCUUCAGGCAGUAGCGGUUCAUCUCGAGCUCUUCAACGUUCAGCCGGUCCUGAACUCGGAGAGAAUGCGAACGACUCCAACGAUGGUCGACUUCCCCCGCCCGGGCUGUCGCGCUACGUACCGGGACAAAACGAACAGCAGCCGGAAUCGAUGGUACAACCAGGUGCCGGUCAAAGCUUUCCUGAGCCACCUCCCGGACUAGAUCGUAUGGUGCCCGGGAUGGAUCUUCAAAACGCAUCGGAUCUAUCGCUCGAACGCCAGGCAGAUGGCGAGGUAUCGGACAAUAGUUCAGCACCAAUCAUGCCGUCGGUGGUGUCGAUAAAUGCGAGGAAUGAUCAUCUGCAUCAUCACCACAACCACGGACACGGACAUCAUCAUCACGAGCGGGUCGAUAUGAGCGAUCGGAAUCUGUACCGCGUGCCGGGUGAGGAUGACAAUCACAACCAUCACAACCAGCAGCAGCGAGUCGUACCGGGUGGUGGGUUGGAAAGUGACCGUCCAGCACCGGUGCCGGUUGCACCCGUACCGGUCAUUGUUCCCGCAGCGGCAAGUUCUAGCGCCGCCGGUGUAGCGACUCUCGAUAUGCCCGAGGAACAGCGGGAGUUGGUAAUGGAUGGUGAAAAUCCUGACGAUCGGCGGGAGGAAUCCUUGGUGGGUGGUAACGCUGAUGCGGGACACAUUGCGUCUGGUCCUGGUCCGAUGGCAUCCGGCAUCUCUGCCGGUGGGAUCGCUACUGUAGAAACGGAAUCAAACGUGACAGCGGAUACGUCCCGCAUGGAACCCUCCAACACGUCGACGGCGGAUGAGAGUGAAAAGGGUGGAUUCUAUCCGACCGGCGGCUCGAAGGGUGGACGCCGCGAGGACGACAACCUGCGUCGAUCGAACAAAAGCAAAAGCUCCCGCGAUCGGUAUGAUACGGAAGAUUCAGAAUACAGCGAGCGUGACCGGCGUCGACGGGAGCGCGAAUCGAGCCACGGUGCGGCCGGUACCAGUGCAAGCGGUACGGGAAUCGAACCCGGGUCACACCGACAUGAGCGAUCGCGGCAUACGCGUGCAUCGGCUGUUGGUCCGACGGGAGAUCGGGAAAACGACAAACGAAGGGAUAAUGGGCGCGAUCGUGACAAGAACCGGGAACGUGAUCGAGACCACGAUCGGGAUCGCGAUUACGAUUAUCGCGAUCGGGAUCGUGAACGAAAUAGAUACGAUCGCGAACGGGAACGCUACGGACGCAGUAGCAAAUACGACCGCGAGAGUCGCUACGAAACGGACGGCUCAAAAUAUGAAACCGAACGAUCGACCCGGUACGACAAGGAGGACAAACGAUAUGGUCCCACGUCUCGGGAUGACUACUACCGGAAAAGGGACGACCGGGGACCGAUCGAGGAUGGUCGCGCCGUCAGUGGCAGAGAUCGUGAUCGGGAUCCCACGGAUCGACGCCAGCGAAAGGAAAAGGAACGCUCCGAUCGUUACCGAGGAGAUGACCGUAGAAAAGAUGAUCGCCACCGAGAUGGUGACAAGCGUCGCGAUCGUCAUGAUCGUCGUUAUGAUCAGGAGGAUUAUCGUGCAGGAAGUAGAAAUGGAAACGAUCGUGACCGUGGUCGUGAAAAUCGCGAUCGCGAUGAUCGAAAGGAAAAGGAUCGCAAGUACAUGGGUGCCGCUGGUGGUUACGGGAUGACUAGCAGCAGUAGCGCGUACGGUCCUUCCAGUGGGUACUACGAUCCGUACAUCUACUACGCCCAGCAUCAGCAGUAUUACGAGCAGUUACGGCGCACCAACCCACAGGCGUACGCCGAGUUCUAUCGCACAUACUGUGCACAGAUGCAGGCAAAUCAGCUGCAGCGCGAUCUGCUGGCCACGGAUGGGCGCGAAUCGGUUCAUUCUGGGCGCAGUUCGGCAAACGAUAAGGAACGGUUCAAUCGGACCACCUCGUUCAUGCAUCCUCCCGGUUUGUACAACCCCGAGGAGUACCAUCGUCAUUUCAAUAAUCAAUCGCUACCAUCGGCGGCCGCCUCGGGCGGCGGUGGUGCUGCAGGUCCGGUAUCCCUGCUUGACCAGAGCUACAUGACCGACAUGACCGGUCAACCGUCGUCACUGCCACCAAUGUUCCAUCAUGUGCAAGCAUACCAGCAGCAUCAAACGCAGCACUCGCUCCUGCACCAACAGCAACAGCAGCAGCUCCACCAGCGUGCAAACACAUCGCUGGCAAUGGACCGAACGUACCAUAGCGACGCGGGCGGAUACUUUCAACCAAGACUCGACCAAACGGACGCGUCUGCAAAACCGGACACUGCUACCGAGCUGUCGAUGAUGGAACCGGAACGUUUAACUCCGCGCAAGUUUCCUGAAAUUCACCCGAUUGUGAACGUUUCCGCCGGGUUGCUCAUAUCGACAAAAAAUCGCUUGACCAUGAAUGGGAUGGCAGACACGGUGAAGAUAUAUAGUCUAGGAUUAAACGAUGCAAGUAGAAAACUGUUCCAAACCUACCCGGGACCGCUUGUCAAGGGAAUAACGCAUAAAAAGUCGGUCAUAGAGUUUUGCGAAGAACAGCUUCGUCUAGGGCCACCCUACGGUGGUGCGCUUGCACUGAUCAAAUCACGGGGUAAUUCUGUUAACAGCCUUCAUUCAUCCUCGCAAGGAGCCAACCGUAGUUCGUUUGCUUUGCUAUGGAAUUAUAUCAUCCUCUUGCUACGGCAGAAUGGCACAUUUGUCGGUACAGAUAUUUCAGAGCUGUUGAUGCGCAAUAAGGAUGAGUAUCCGUUCGAAAUGCUUACCGCAAACGCGAUAAGGUCGCCUAACAUUAGCGGCCGUAAUUCGUCAUUGUCGCAGGCAGAGCGUCCUCAUCGCGAGGCAGAUGCGCAACGUGAUGGAGAGAGCGAGGAUGCACUGGAACCAUCGUUGGAGGGUGGUCAAGACUCCAAGGAGCUGAUGUCGGAGUUGACCCCGAAGGUCCUUUCCGAGGUUGAGAUUACCGAUAAAUUCCGCAACUAUCUGCUUUACGGAAACAUAAGCGAAGCCCUCGAGUGGGCCACCGAGCAUAACCUCUGGGGUCACGCACUGUUCCUUGCGUCGAAGGUGGACUCGCGGCAGCACGCGAACGUAAUGAUGAAGUUCGCCAACAAACUGACGUUUAACGAUCCGCUGCAAACAUUGUAUCAACUGUUCAGCGGCAGAACCCCGGCAUCAGUUACGAGCGUUUUGGAUGAAAAGUGGGGCGAUUGGCGUCCGCAUCUGGCAAUGCUGAUGUCUAACAGUUCCGCCAAACCGGAGCUCAUUAAAAAAUCUAUCACCACGCUCGGCGACACAUUGCUGAACCGUGGCGAUCUGUAUGCCGCACAUUUUUGCUACCUCUUGUCCGAUGUGGCCUUCGGUCGGUUUGCUGAUGUAAAGCCAGACGUCGUCGGUGGCGGAAACAGUGCAACCGUGCGCCUGGUGUUGCUGGGUGCUGCGCAUCACCAGCGCAGUUUCCGCGAGCUAUCGACGAACGAGUCGAUUAUGAUGACUGAAAUUUAUGAGUACGCUCGUUCGCUGAACGAGGAUCGCUACACGAUUAAGGAAUUGCAGCGAUACAAAUAUUUGUUGGCGUGUCGUAUGCUUGACCAGGGAAUGCAGCUUAAGUGUCUGCUCUACAUGGAACAAAUAGCCGAGCAAAUACAGUACGAUCCCUAUCAGUUCGAUGGGGAAUUUGUGCGCAAGAUAUUCACUCUUGGCGAUCGACUGAAAUAUUACGAUCCUGUGAUGGAGAAAGCACUUGAUGAGUCCGUGGACAAUACCGGGCGGGGCAAUAUCUACGCUAAUGUAGAAGAUCCUCAGUGGUUGAAGCGGCUAAACGAAAUCCUGGUCAGCGUUAGCAGCUCAUCGGUUGGCAUUGCGAGCUACAAUAACGGCAGCGACGGCCAGAUGUCGUAUGACUACAGCAGCUACGGAUACGGAGGAACUGAUCAAACGCAAGCUGUGGGUCGUGAUGCUGAUCAGCAACCCGCCGUUUCUGAAUCUUAUCCUACCGAGACGAAAGACAUUAACGAGCAGUUUAACGAAAUCAACCAGCAGCUUGGUCAGCUCAAUCUGCAGUACAGUGAUCAGCAGCAACAGCAACCGCAGCAACAGCAGCAAUAUCAGAUGUCACAGCAGAAUGCUCCUUCGUACGAAUCGAAUACGGUCCCAAGUUAUGAUCAGGGUUACGAAUCGAUCAACCAACAGUCGUUGAUGGACCCACAUGCUGACCAUGCAUCUACGCAGCUACAAGAAGGCAAUAAUUUUGAACAACAGCAGCAGCAGUUUAGUCAGUAUAACAGCUACGAUCAGCAUCAGCAACCGGCCGGAGCGGGCAUUUUCACACCUGCCCCUCCAAGCAUCGACACAACGGGUGCAAUGCCGACCUACGAUGGAGGAUACUGGGGCGCUGCUGAAAAUAGUGAGGCACCAAAACCAACGAUCUCAAUGCCCAAUUCCGUCUCGAAGCGGCCCGGUUUCGGCGAUGAUACGGACGAUGACCAGCGUACCAGGGGACCACAGGUCGUGCCCGGACAGGCGCAGCAACCGUCAACCGCUGCCCAACAGAAAAAGGCACCGGCCGCAAAGGAUGCGAAGCCAGCACCCGGCGGAGCUGGUGGCGGUGCUCAAGGGUCGGGAUGGUUCGGAGGAAUCUGGAAUAAGUUUUCCCUGAAGCCGAAGAACCAGAUGAUAUUGCCUGAUGAUAAGAAUCCAAAGAUUGUCUGGGAUGAAGUUUCGAAACGUUGGGUGAACACGGACGAAAAUGAAGCAGAAGUAGAGGCCUACAAACCACCGCCCAAAAUGGCAGAUCUCGUACCGGCUGCAAUGGCAUCAGCUAAUGGUCCCACAUCGAUGGGAGGUCCUCCAGGAACAGUUGGUUUAUCGGCAGGACCCAUACAGCAACCGCAGCCUAUUAGCACACCGACGGCACCUUUUCAACAAACGCCCAACGUGAUGGGUGACAGUGGCAAUAUGCAAAUGCCGUCGGUCCACCCGAUGGGCAACGCUAAUGUCCAACAAACAAAUGCUUCUUCCAACCCCGUUGCAAACCCGGCAGGCGAACCAACGAAAGUUCCUACGCUGCAGUCGAACAUGUACAAAAUGCAACGUAACCGAACAUUGAAAAGAUCGUACGUUGACGUGUUCAAUCCAUCUGGUGCUGCUCCGAGCCGUCCGGGGGAUGCUCCAAUAUUGGCUCCGGCCGUACCCACAAUGCCGAGUGCCCCGGGUGGCUUCCUUGUGCCUGGAAAUACUCCCAGCGCGACGGAAGCACCGCAGACAAACGAAAUCACUGAGGGAAUGCCUCAAUUUUACAAUCCAAAUCAGUUCGGUGGCGGCUAUCAACAGUAAUUUAGAAGCAACAAAAAACACCUGAAGGAAACCGAAUGCCACGGGGCGAUCUACUUCGGAUGGUCUCAGGUUUACCACGGAUUAGGUUUGCUAACACGAAAGUAUCAGUCGCAUUCACAGUUACAGUUUAGUAGUGUGCAUCCUUUCCCUCGCCCAGACUUUAUUUUCCGUGUAUUUUGAAUGUCUUUGGUUUGCGUCGUCUUGGCUUCCGGUUCUUGGCGCGUGUAUUUCGUUAGUUUCUUGAAUUUUAUGUUUAACCUCUUAUCUGUACAUGGCAUGCGAACGAAUUGUCCGGAAGGAAACAAACUUAUGGCAUCUAUCUAUCGGUGAAAAGCAUAUCUCCCUAAUCGAAUGGAACGUGCCGUUUCGAGAUGAUCGCAUGAAUUAUGUCACGAUCGGAAUUGGAAUGUUGCAAUUUGGGCACUCAAUUAUGUUUGCGGGACGCUGCAGCAUAUUUUGGUGUCCUUUUACUGUUGUGCAAGUCGUGGUUUUUAUGUGCAACAAAAAUGGACCGAAUGAACAACACAACGAUGCCACACGUGGAACGCGAUAAAAGUUGAUUCCUGGCUUGGUGUUUGUGAUGUUUUUUUUUAUUUUAAUAGUAUUUAAGUUAAGAAAGUCGAUAACGGCGAAUUGAUGAUCGACCGUGUGAACCUGAUGGUAUGUUAAACCUGUUAAAUUGUUUUAUAAAAAUACGUUACUCUUCGUUCCAUGUAAUCAAAUCAACAAAAAAAACUAUUCUACUUGGCUAAGAGCCUCUGGUGCGGUGAAAUAAUAGAGAAGACAUCCUUAGUGAGAAUUAUGUUUCAUUGUUUAUUUUUUAUUUGUUGACGGGUAGAACGAGAAAGGAUUCCUAUGUAUAUGUUAGUUAUGUAAAUGAAAACAUGUUUUUGUAUUGAAUCAAUUGCGAAAAAGGAUAUUACACGGCUGAACAGCUCGAACGUCGUGCGCAGUAGUAUGAGAAUGGUACGGGUUGUUCGUACAACGGCACGCGGCCCAGCAUAGAAAAAGGAAAUAUUGAGUUGUUGUGAUAUUCGUAUCUUUUAUAGGGUUUUUUUUAUCUUCCGUUUUAAAAAAAUGCCCUUUGCUUUCCCUGCACCUUUUCAUGUGCUUUUUGUUCAUAUGCUUCGGUAGUCAACCCUACUAAUUUCGUUUCUAAGUGAAUGAUGAAAAGACACACAAACACUCCCGAUACUCACCGGAACGGUCUAUGAUGAAAAAUUCAGGAGCUAUACAUUUAUGAUGCGUUGGGCUGUACUCCCCGCUUGCCGUGGCUGAUAAAUCAGGAAAUAAUCAAGGAAAAUGAAUACAACCAUUACAAAGCAUAGACGGGAUAUAUAAUGUAUGAUGUAUUUAGCCAAUUGCC